UAGAAAUAUAUCAAAUUUAGAGUGAGCAAAUAUGAUGGAGAUUGAGGAAGUAAGCAACUACGAGGCACUUCCUCUGCUCUCCUUAAAUCACGUUUCUUUGCUAUGCAGAUCAGUUUGGGAAUCUACUCGUUUCUAUGAAGAAGUUUUGGGCUUUGUUCUCAUCAAACGCCCUUCUUCUUUCAACUUCAAUGGAGCUUGGUUGUACAACUAUGGAAUUGGGAUACACUUGAUUGAGAAUCCGGCACUAGUGGAUGAGUAUGACACUAUGAAUGAACCAAGACCAAUUAAUCCCAAGGACAACCACAUCUCUUUCCAAUGCACUGACGUUGGGCUAGUGAAGAGGAGGCUACAAGAGAUGGGAAUGAGGUACGUGACAGCGCUGGUGGAGGCUGAUGACGGAAUAAAGGUGGACCAAGUUUUCUUCCACGACCCCGACGGCUACAUGAUCGAGCUUUGCAACUGCGAGAACAUCCCGAUCCUUCCUCUCUCCUCUUGCCCCUUCAAGCCUAGGGGAAGCAGCUUCAAGAAGGCUCCAAUCACCAAGUGUGGUUUCAUGGAGAAUGUGAUGAUGGAGAGCUUGAGUAUGGACAUGUUGAACUUCUCAUUCUAGGUUUCAAGCCUAAUUAAAGGGCCAAAACGAGAGAGUGAGAGAAGUAAUCAAGUUCAGUUUGCCUUUUGGUCGGUUGUGAUCUCUACUCAAAGAACUCUUUUAGCAUUUCUACAUGGCCACUCCGCUUUAUUAUAAUUGUCAUUUUGAUGUACUUGGUUUAAUACUCAUAAGGAAAAGUUUGUAUUGAUUUUGUGCUACUUGUAAUAAUGCCCGUUUACGGUAUAGGUAAUAUCGGGUCCUAAUGUGUGCUAUAAAUACAACAUUUCAAGCGAAUGUGUGGCUGUUGAUAAUUAUGUCCAACUUGUUGAAAGAAUGUUAUAUAUUUGCUUCUCAAAGUUCUAUUGCUA